CGCAUUUAUAAAUCCCCGCAACUUCUGCUCUGCCCUCCACAAUUUUCGCCAUGAAAUUUCUUCAGCAGCUUGUGCUCUUAGCAUCCAUUUUCUUUUUCUCUUUUGGCUUUCAAUUUUUAUGUUAUGGGAUUUGCUUCAGUUCUCCUGCUCUGGCGACGAGUCCUGAUGGUGUCUCGAUUAAGGAUCAGAUUGUUGGGUUGGCCAAUGAUCCGGAGACGGUGGAGUGGAUGAAGAAGGUAAGGCGGAAAUUGCAUGAGAACCCAGAACUGGCAUUUGAGGAAUUCGAAACGAGUAAGCUCAUCCGGGAUGAACUUGACCGCCUUGGUAUUAGUUACCGGUGGCCGGUGGCUCGAACCGGCGUUGUUGCCACAAUUGGGUCCGGUUCUCCUCCCUUUGUCGCCUUGAGAGCAGACAUGGAUGCUUUGCCAAUCCAGGAAUUGGUGGAAUGGGGGAACAAGAGCAAAGUAGAUGGGAAGAUGCAUGCCUGUGGACAUGAUGGGCAUGUUACCAUGCUCCUUGGAGCCGCAAAAGUACUGCAAAAGAUACGGUUCACUUUGCAGGGGACUGUUAUCUUGAUAUUCCAACCAGCUGAGGAACAAGGUGAAGGGGCGAAGCAAAUGAUACAAGCAGGGGUGCUCGAGAAUAUAGAGGCAAUUUUUGGGGUGCAUUUGGUCCAUAGGUAUCCACUGGGUGUUGUUGCAGGGCGUCCUGGUGAAUUUCUAGCAGGAUGUGGGAGCUUUAAGGCAACAAUCAGCGGCAAAGGGGGUCAUGCUGCAAACCCACAAAAUUCCAUUGAUCCAAUUUUGGCUGCAUCUGCAGCUGUUAUUAGUCUUCAAAGUAUUGUUUCACGUGAAUCAGACCCUUUAGAUUCUCAGGUGGUUUCUGUAUCUAUGAUCCAUGGUGGAACGGCAUUCAAUGUCAUCCCGGACUCAGCUACAAUUGCUGGAACUUUUAGGGCUUUCAGCAAGGAAAGUUUCAACGCACUCAGGGAAAGGAUAAAAGAGGUUAUCAAGGCUCAAGCAGCUGUACAUCGAUGCACUGCUGAGAUUAGCUUCGAAGGGAAUGAACACCCCUCGAUCCCUCCAACUUUCAAUGAUGAGAAAAUUUAUGAACGUGUUCAACAAGUUGCAAAGGAGGUAGUAGGAGAAGAAAACGUGGAACUCGCUCCUCGCUUCAUGGGAAGUGAGGAUUUUGCUUUCUUCUUGAACAAGGUACCCGGAUCCUUUCUAUUUUUAGGCAUUAGGAAUGAAAGAACUGGAGCUACACAUUGUCCACACAGUCCUUACUUUACCAUCGAUGAGGAUGUGCUUCCCAUUGGGGCAGCAAUACAUGCUGCAUUUGCACAUUCGUACCUUUCAGAUUCUACCACAGAUUCGCAUUCUUUCUAACCGAUCAUGUCUUUACUAGCUAUAUAUAUCUUAGUUUCAUACAAGUUCUUGGUUUAAGUAAAAACUUUUGGUAGGGGAAAUUCUUUUGUGACAUGUACAGAUUACAUUAGAACAUGUACUUGAAAUAGCAACUUCAAUCAUCAAUAAUAGAGCAGCUUAUUAUAUAUGCAGAUCCUUGUUCUGUUUUUGUUUUUCUGGAUUUUUAAGAAAAGUAUGACUGUCAUCAGACAGUUUCCUCUUAUUCAUGAGAAAUAAUCACAAUGCAAUAUC